AUGCUCCGCUGGGCCCGCGCCUGGAGGCUCCCCCUUAGGGGGCUCGGCCCCUCCAGUCUCAGCGCCUCCAGGGUGCCCUUCGCACCCAGCAGCGGUGGUCGAAGCGGCACCGAGAGGAGGUCGGUGCUGCUUUCCUACAAACUUCUGGACGGAGAGGCGGCCCGCCCGGCCCUCGUGUUUCUGCACGGGCUCUUCGGCUCCAAAACCAACUUCAACUCCAUUGCUAAGGCCCUGGCCCAGCAGACUGGCCGGAGGGUGCUAACAGUGGAUGCUCGGAACCAUGGUGACAGCCCCCACAGCCCAGACAUGAGCUACGAGGCCAUGAGCCAAGACGUGCAGGAUCUCCUGACCCAGCUGGGCCUAGUGCCCUGUGUCCUCGUUGGCCACAGCAUGGGAGGCAGGACAGCCAUGCUGCUGGCACUCCAGAGGCCAGAGCUGGUGGAACGCCUGAUUGCUGUGGACAUCAGCCCAGUGGAGACCACAUCCAACUCAGACUUCCCAUCCUACAUGGCAGCCAUGAGGGCUGUAGACGUCCCAGAUGACAUGUCUCGCUCCUCUGCCCGAAAACUGGCCGAUCAGCAGCUCAGCACUGUUAUCCAAGACACGGCCGUGCGUCAGUUCCUGCUCACCAACCUGGUGGAGGUGGAUGGGCGCUUCGUCUGGAGGGUGAACUUGGAAGCAUUGGCCCAGCACGUGGACAAGAUCUUGGCUUUCCCACCACGACAAGAAUCUUACCCUGGGCCAACCCUCUUCCUCCUGGGUGGAAACUCUCAAUAUGUGCAUCCCAGCCACCAUUCUGAGAUCAGGCGGCUCUUCCCUCAAGCCCAGAUGCAGACUGUGCCCAAUGCUGGCCACUGGAUCCAUGCUGACUGCCCACAGGACUUCAUGGCUGCCAUCCGAGGCUUCCUAGCCUAA